AUGAACCUCAUCGAGACCAAGUGGUUGGUCUCUGGUUCCGCGUUCAUCGUCCUGCUCGUCCGUCGCGAUGCGGCGACCGUCACCUUCCUGUGCGGCGCGAUCGGCAACGCCCUGCUCAGCAAGGUGCUCAAGCGGCUCAUCAACGCUGCUCGCCCGGCUGGCGCACGGCUCUCGGAUCCGGGCAUGCCGUCCUCUCACGCGCAGAGCCUCUCUUACUUUGCAGUCUUCUUGGCGCUCGGCGCGGAGACCUGGGAAGCAACGCUGCCGCCGCGACUGCUUCACCUUUCGCGGCCACUUAUGCUGCUUUCGCCACCGCUGCUACGGCACGCGGGCGCCGCGCUCUCCCUCGCGCUCGGCGCUGCGCUCACCGCCCUGCGCGUACGCGCCGGCCUGCACACGCCCGCGCAGUGCGCCGUCGGCGCAGCAAUCGGCGGGCUCAACGGCGCCUGCUGUUUCUUUACGAUGCCGGCGUGCGUCCUGGCGCUGCAGGCGCUGCAGGCGCGCCACCCGGUCGCGCUCGUGGGCGGCGUCCUUCUGCUUGGCGCGGCGGUGGUCGGCAGCGUGGAGCGCACCCUCGCCGCGCGGAUGAAGGAUAAGAAGACGUGA